AACAAAAAAUCAUACACUUUGAAUCCCAUCACAUCGUAUAUCUUCAAAGUUUGAUUACUCAAAUGGUCUCUUCAGAAGAAACCCAAAGCCAAAUCCAUGCCAACAACAUCCAGGAAGGUCACGAGGAACAAUCUUCCUCAUACGCCAUGCAGCUUGUCAAUUCAGUCACUCUGCCCAUGACUCUGCAUGCUGCACUUCAGCUGGACAUUUUCCAGAUCAUAGCCAAAGCAGGAGCUGGCGCCAAGCUCUCCCCACAAGAGAUAGCAACCCAGUUGGGCACCCAGAACCCAGAUGCGCCCAUGACGCUGGACCGCAUCCUUAGGCUCCUAGCCACCUACAAUGUGCUCACUUGCUCUGUUACUACCACUGAUCAUGGUGAUCUUCAGAGACUGUAUGGUUUAGCACCUGUGUCCAAGUACUUUAUCCGGAAUAAAGAUGAGGCUUCAUUAGGACCCUUUAUGACUUUGCUUCAGGACAAGGUCUUCUUGGAUAGUUGGUUUGUGCUUCCUGCUCUCUAUCAAAUAUCAAUUCUCCUUUUAUCAAAAAGUCAUUUUUUCCUUUUCUAAUUAAUUGGUUUUCAUUAUUGUUACUAAUUAGGUCUCAAUUGAAGGGUGCAAUUGUUGAAGGAGGAGUUCCUUUUCACAGGGUCCAUGGAACUCAUGUCUUUGAAUACCCUGCCAAAGACUCCAGAUUCAAUCAAGUUUUUAAUAAAGCAAUGAUCAAUCA